GUUCCGGUGAACACAUUUUCAGGACGGACCUAGCUGCGUUCUCUGAACUGAUCAUUUCGGUGACAGAGUCAGUGUCAAGCUCCGCGGAGAACCAGAAAUGCCCAAAAAGAAAACCGGUGCCCGAAAAAAGGCUGAAAAUCGGAAAGAGCGAGAGAAGCAAAUACGAGCCAACAGGGAACAUGUUGACGUGGCCAAACACCCCUGCAACUCCAACAUGGAAUGUGACAAAUGUCAGAGAAAACAGAAGAACAGGGCUUUCUGUUAUUUCUGUAACUCGGUGCAGAAGCUGCCUGUCUGCGCGCAGUGUGGUAAAAUGAAAUGUAUGAAGUCAUCGGAUUGUGUUGUCAAACAUCCAGGGGUCCACAGCACUGGAAUGGGCAUGGUGGGGGCAGUGUGCGACUUCUGUGAAGCUUGGGUGUGCCAUGGUCGGAAAUGCCUGAGCACUCACGCCUGUUCAUGUCCUUUGACUGAUGCCGACUGCAUCGAGUGUGAGCGCAGUGUCUGGGAUCAUGGAGGGCGAAUCUUCCGCUGUUCCUUCUGUCAGAACUUCUUAUGUGAGGAUGAUCAGUUUGAGCAUCAGGCAAGCUGCCAGGUUCUUCAAGCAGAAACAUUCAAAUGUGUUUCCUGUAAUAAACUGGGACAACACUCCUGUCUGCGGUGUAAGGCUUGUUACUGUGAUGAUCACACUAAGAGUAAAGUCUUCAAACAGGAGAAAGGAAAAGGUCCUCCCUGUCCCAAAUGUGGUCACGAGACACAGGAGACCAAAGAUCUAAGCAUGUCAACGCGCACCUUGAAGUUUGGUCGACAGGCCGGUGCCGACGAUGACGACGGUUACUACGACGGUGCGUCCGGGUACGAUGCUUACUGGAAGAACGCAGCGUCCGGAGGUGGAGACCAACAAGACGACUACGGAGAAGACGAUUACUACGAGGAAGACGAGUAUGAGGAGGACGAGGAGGAAGAGGAGGAGGAGGAGGAGGAAGAAGAUGAAGAGGGCGAACAAGAAACUGCGUCCGAGUCGCUGGCUGGUCUUAAAUUGGAUGGUGCUGCUGCCUAAGCUGAUGGUGACUGAUGAGGUGGUGCAGCUGGAGCACGUGGUCCUGUAAACCCAAAGGAUUGUGCAUCUAAAGCUUUCCUCAAGAAAGCUUUAGAUGCACAAUUAAGACUGGAGAUGAAUAUUAAAGCUGAUGUGAUGUUUUAACUUUCCAUGUUACUUUGAAAGAGAAAAUACAUUUUUUAAACAAUAUUCAAGCAGCUGUAUAGA